AUGUCUAUUAUCGACGGAAAUACGAAAAUGAACGACUCCAUUGACAUCGAAUCCUCUGGAUCAUGUCAAAGACAGACUGUCGUUCUAGCUUAUCAAGAGCUACUCACGGACCAGGCCUCGCAACCAGACAAAAUAUUCAUGGCGGGCCACGAGAUCCAGCAUCUUGAUCCCAACCUGGUGGUACUGGACGAAGAUAAACAAGAACACCCUCGCACCUGGCCAACCGCCAAGAAAGUGCGCGCCACCGCAAUCCUGGGAGGAUGUUGUUUCAUCUCUCCCUUCGCAAGCACCAUAUUCGCCCCGUCCAUCCACCUAGUCAUGAACGACCUGGGUAUCACAGACAGUACCGUCGGCGCCUUGCAGGUCUCCAUCUUCCUCUUCGCAUUGGCUAUCGGUCCGCUCGUUCUCGCCCCACUCAGCGAACGGUACGGCAGAGCAGCGAUUAUACACUUUGGCAAUUUGGUCUUUGUUGCCUUCUCACUCGGAGGUGGCUUCUCUCAGACCGCUGUUCAGUUCUCCGCGUGCCGGUUCUUCGCUGGACUCGGCGGGUCUGCCGCCAUCGCGGUAGUGGGUGGAUUCGUAUCUGACGUGUGGGAUCUCGCUGCCCGUCCGAAGGCAUCUGGACUCGUGAUGCUUGGCCCUGUUCUAGGCCCCGUCUUGGGCCCCGUUUGUGGAGGCUGGAUGUCAGAGCGGGUCUCGUGGCGAUGGACUCUUUGGAUACCCGCCAUUGCCAGCGCCCUGCUUUCGAUCGCCGGAAUUCUCCUCCUCAAUGAGUCCUACGCACCCAGGGUUCUACAAAACAAGCUACGAAGAGAACGGAAAACGAAGCCUAGCGCUGAGCUGUAUACCGUACUGGAUCUUCAGCCCCGUUUUAACGGCCCUACUGCGCUCGUCAACGCGUUCGUCCGACCCCUGGUAUAUCUAGCUCUCGAUCCAGCGCUGUUGUUAGCCUCGCUCUUCUACUCAGUGGUGUUUGGUGUCGUAUAUCUGAUCAUCGUUACUUACGCUGAUGUCUUUGGUCGCGGAUAUGGACACAGCGUUGGCAUUGUGGGCACCGACUUCCUGGCAGCCGGCAUUGGUAUGCUCCUCGGUACAUUCGCUACUAUUCGCGCUAUGGAAGCCAUCUUUAAGCGAGACACAACAUCCGGCCAAAUGAAGUACAAGCCUGAGUCGAGACUCGUCAGCUGUCUUGUUGGUGGAGCGUUGCUGGUUGGUGGGCUGUUCAUGUACGGGUUCACGGCCACCAGAACGCACUUCAUGGUGCCACUGGUAGCCAUCAUGCUUAUGAUGGCCGGAGGCAUGAACAUCCAACUUGCGCUGCAGCUGUACGCUAUCGACGCCUUCAAGUUUCCCGCUUCUGCAGUCGCGGCAAUAUCCUUCCUUCGCUGCAUGUUCGCCGGCGCGUUUCCGUUGUUCGGAGAGAAGUUGUUCGAUACACUUGGCCUUGACUGGGGUGUGGGAUUGCUGGGCUUUUUGGUGUUGGGUUUGGGGUUACCACUGGUAUCACUGCUCUACAUCUAUGGUGUAAAGCUUCGGUUGAAAGGCGCCGAUCGCAUGGAGCGUUUCGAGGGCUCCAAAGCAACCGUAAAGUAG